AAGCAUUCUUUGAUCUCAGCUGACGGCACUAGCAUCUUCGCAAAAUUAUUAUAUAGUAAGACCUACCUUCUCACAUCCGGAUUGACUGAGACUCUUCUUUCCCUCACCUUUACCCAUGACUAGCAGACAGUCUCCUUGCACUCGUUUCCCACUUCAUUGGGGCAACGUCGGCCAUGGAAUGCACAACAGUAAACCUCCCACGAUACCCGCACCAAUAUAUCGACAUGCUGCCCCGUCUGGACCUUGGCCAUGGAUGGACUUGGAAUCGGACAUUAUUUUGGAAACCGAACUGGUUCCGUCAACCAAAGAAUCACUGGAGCAAUGGAAGUGGAGGGGAUAUCCUCAAAACUUGUUCGGGAACUGGGUCGCCGAUCGAGUUGCACGGUGUAAGAUGGUCGAGAAUUGUUCCAGGGACCCUCGAGAAAAAUGCAGGAUCUAUUAUGUCGAUGUGCUUGAAUCCGGAAAAUUCAAGUCGGCUAGGGACACCGAACCAGCUAUUGAGGUUGAUGAAAACGCUCUAAGUCAGCUCUGGGAUCAGUUGCAGAUAGAGCCAACAGGUCUUCGUCUCCGGGUGUUGCUCGUCGACAACAUGAAACAUCCCGUACUCCAGAUGCUGGGAACAAGGUACAACAUCGAACCGUGCUUUUUCACAUCUUCCUUAAACUGGAUCCCUUCUCGAUACCAAGAAGAAGUUGUCAAGAAAAAAGGAGAUCACAUUACGGUAACACUACUCUUUGUACGCACGGCACCAUGGGACAAGCCCGUCGUGUCCUCGCAAAACAAGCACAUCUCCUGCGGUGAAAAAGCUAUAGACACGCAAGAGUCGCUUCGUCUUCGCUCUGUUUGCUCGCCGGCGGAAAAGUACCUUCUUGAAGACCUGCUCGCUCUACACAUGAUAAGAUCAUCCGACCCCGGUGGUAGUACUAUCAUAUCUUACCACCCAAGUGCUCAAUGGAAUAGGACAACCGCAGAGCGAUUGAAAAAUUUAGUCCAGAAAGUGGGAGAGAGCGUGUAUUGGCAGAAGAUAUUCGAACAGUCUAAGGAUCCAUCAUUAGUCUUCUUGGCUAUCCUUUGGUAUGCGCUUUACGCCUGGGAUGAAUCUUUGGACCAUUUGUAUACUCACAUGAACUGGCUGGAAAUAAACGGACUAUCGACAAAUGACAACAACCUCACAACUGAGCUGCACACUAUCCAGGCUCGACUCCUCCACUAUGCUUCGCUUCUCGAGGAUUUCCGCAAAUCUGUGACCUUCAUCAGGAACACGCCGAAUCCCGUUCUGGAGUCCUCCAAAUUUGCUGAUCAUGCAAGAAGGGACACGAAUAGAUUGAUGCGCAAGGAAUGUGAUAACCUUCUUUCUGAAAUUGACAGGCUAGGCUUCCAGUUGACAAAUAUCACAGACCUCGUUCGUGUGUUUGCUCCGCUAGACUCGAGCACUAUUAACUUCAAUGUCCAGGCUAAAGCGACCGUGAACUUUGUUGAUAGUCGACGGAUGCAAGAUCUGACAAUAGCAACAGUCCGUGAUUCGUCCGCUAUGAAACAGAUUUCCUACUUGACAAUGAUUUUCCUCCCUGCCAGCUUCGUUGCGGCAGUAUUUGGUAUGAAUGUAAAGGAAAUCACCGAGGAUGCCACGGAAACCCUGUCACAUUACGCGCUAGUUUCUAUUGUGUUUACUGUGCUUACUGCAUGGCUCGUAGUUACAUUCCAGUCUCACUCUCCGUUCCACGAGGCAGGAUCUGGAUUUUGGCGACGUCUUGCAUGGCCAUUUUCAUAUGUUAUAAGACACACAGGCGUGCGGCGGUUGUUCAGAAGCCAGCCCAGUGGACUUCCGUAGGCAGGAAUCUUUGGUUUCGCCAUCCAUAUAAGCUCACAUUGCAGUACAAUAAUUUGAUUAUUAUGAC